AUGGAGUUGUUCAAGAAAAUGGCUGUGUUUGGGGUCAGGCCUGAUAUUGUUUCUUAUGGUAGUAUUAUCAAUGGUCUUUGCAAAGAUGGGUUGGUAGAUAAGACGAAAGAAAUGUUUUUGGAAAUGAAGAGUGGAGGAAUUAAGCCAAAUGUGGUUGUUUGUACCACUCUAAUUUACGGUUGUUGUUUUGUGAGAAAUUUGGAGAGGGCUAAAGGCUUGUUUUUUGAGAUCUUGGAUCAAGCAAUGAUAAAUGAGCUUUACAAGAAGGGGAAGACUGAGGAAGCUAAUGAGUUGUUGGAAUUAAUGAGUCAGAGAGGCUUGCAACCUAAUGUGGUGACUUUUAAUGUAAUGACUUUUUUCUACUAG